AUGGACAAGCAAGAGUUGCUAGUUGGCUGCCAUGCCAAAGUUCCUGGCGUCGGCACCUCAUACGGAUACGUUCCAACACUUGGAGCUGGCAUUGCUUACGUCGUCCUCUUCGGCCUCUCCAUGAUGUUACACACUGUUCAAAUGUGCUGGAAGCGCACAUGGUGGACCAGCGUUUUCGCUAUUGGAUGUCUCGUGGAAGUUAUUGGAUGGGCUGGUCGAACCUGGUCAUCAGAAUGCCCGUAUAACUCGACUGCAUUCCUGAUGCAAAUUUCCACCCUUAUCAUUGCUCCCACCUUUUUCACAGCAGGCAUCUAUGUCCUCCUUGGUCAGUUCAUCCGACAACUCGGCCGUGAAUCAUCCAUCCUCAAACCGAGCCUCUACCUCUGGAUCUUCGUCACCUGCGAUAUCAUCUCGCUAGUCAUCCAGGCAAUCGGUGGUGGAAUGGCAUCUGGGGAAGCCACCAAGGUCAACGGCAACACCGCCCCCGGCACUAACAUCAUGGUUGCUGGAAUCGUUUUCCAACUAUUCUCCGUCACCAUCUUUGUCCUCUGCGCCGCCGAUUUCAUUCGUCGGUCCCUGCGCCAUAACCUUCUUCAACAAUUGACUGGAUCGAUUAUUCCUCUGCUCGGCGCCAUGAUCCUCUCCGUGGUAUGCAUCUAUAUUCGGAGUAUCUACCGUACGAUCGAGUUGUCGCAGGGCUGGACUGGGUACUUGAUUACUCACGAGAGCUACUUCAUUGGCUUGGAUGGAGCCAUGAUGAUUAUUGCUGUGGCGGUCUUCAAUAUUAUUCACCCUGGUUGGCUUCUGCCCAACCAUGAGAAGAGCAACGCGUGGAAACGAGAGACUUCCGGAGACGAGAUUGAGAUGAACCGCGUUUCAGAAUCUUAA